UGCUCCACUAAUCAAUACACCAAGAGAAAGAACCGCCGAUCUUACUCCACUCAAGACGAUCCGCGGAGGUGAGCGAUCCAAACUUCUCCAAUUCUUCCCGGCAACUGGAGGAGAAGAAGGAGGAGGAGGAGGAGGAGGAGGAGGACAAGUAGUGGACAUCUUCCCUCCACUCUUCCGGCACAAGUGGAGGAACGCAUCUCUGCACUGUCAUCUCUAAACAGUCAUCUCUCCAGCGCUGUACUGCAGGAAGGCGGCGACGCAGGUGUAAACAGUGAAGGAAACCGGAAACGAGGCAGCUGUAGAGAGUCAUGAGGUGGCGUGGUGGUCGGUAGCUACACGGGACGCUCUCAUUGGUCAAGGCAGGGGACGUACGGCAUGGCUAACGACAAACUUUACCCAUACUACCGCUUCGUGAUAAACGUGUCAGAUUACCAAGAGAACAUUGAGGAACUCCUGCACUGGUCUGAUGAAGUGCUCGGCCACCUCUCCCACUCAGACCCAGACCCUCAGUCCCCCGCCUCGCCCCCAGCCCCGCCCCCUGCCCCGCCAGUCCCCCAGCAGCCCCCAUUCCACCACCACCCUGGCGCUAACACGUCGUUGCUUCAAGAGGUGACCACAUCGUCCCUCUCCCUCAUGUACAAUCUGACCUCCGGGAUUGACUUAGGCCUCAACUGGUCAUCCUCCACCAACCCUCUUGUGCCUUCCUCCAACUGGACCGCCGGCCUCGACCUAGACGGCCUGCCCCUUGACCUCCUCAAUGGAAGCUCAACCUCGGGAACGGACCUCGCUCUUAACGGCUCCCUCGACGCUCUUACUGAUGGGUAUGAUGUCUUCAACGGCACCAACCUCACUGCGCCAAUUGGAGACGUGACAGGUGUGGACACGCAUAUAGACCGCUAUUCCAUUUAUGAGGUGAUUCUGAUAGCGGUGGUGGCUGGCUUCCUGUCCAUCGCCACGCUCAUCGGGAACCUGAUGGUGAUGAUAAGCUUCAAGAUCGACAAACAACUGCAGACAAUUAGCAACUACUUCCUCUUCUCCCUCGCUGUGGCCGACAUCACUAUAGGGCUGGUGUCGAUGCCUCUGUUCACCCUGUACACGCUAAUGGGGUACUGGCCGCUGGGUCCCAUAAUCUGUGACACCUGGCUGGCUCUCGACUACCUUGCUUCAAACGCCUCGGUUCUCAAUCUUCUCAUCAUUUCCUUCGACCGAUACUUCAGCGUGACCCGCCCGCUCACCUACCGCGCUAUGAGAACUCCGAGAAGAGCAGCGGUGAUGAUUGGGUCAGCUUGGAUCAUUUCCCUCAUCCUCUGGCCGCCCUGGAUUUACUCGUGGCCGUACAUCGAGGGACACAGGACGGUGCCCCCUCGCGAGUGUUACAUCCAGUUUAUUGAGACCAACGAAUACGUGACGUUCGGGACUGCCAUCGCUGCCUUCUACCUGCCCGUCACGGUGAUGUGCGGCCUCUACUGGCGCAUCUGGAGGGAGACGGAGAAGCGACAGAAAGAUCUCACUAACUUGCAGGCUGGGAAGAAAGAUCCAAGCAAGAGAUCUAACUCCAGACCCGGGCUACCAAUACUUCCAGAUCCAACGAGCUUUACCGAUACAGGAGUCUCACGCAGCGAGGCUGAGGAAGCAAUAGAGACGGAGGAUUGGCGCCGUCAGAAAUCAGAAUCUUCAACAGCCAUGGACGAGAUUGAAACCACCUACGUGCCGACCGCCAUGGUGAUCGAAAACACCAAGUACGCUGCCAACCAGGGGCGGACCACUGGGUGCUGCCGCGGCCUGGCUUCCUGCAUCAAGAGGACCGUGGACCGCGAGGAGGUGAGCAGCACGGCGGGGGGCCACCGGUCUGGCUAUCACACUCCGGGCUACCACACCCCUGGCUACCACACCCCCGGCUACCACACCCCUGGGUCGGCGGAGACCACCCUGCCCUCCUCCGUGUCCCGCUGCACCUCGCUGAAUUACAUCCGGGAACCGCUGGCCGUCACCCCGACCCGCUACCGCCAGAACUCCAUGAUUCCCCUGGUGGAGCGCGCCGAGAGACCAGACCACCACCACCCGCACCACCACCACUACCAGCACCCCCACCACGGCACCUCGGCCACGCUGCCCAGGGCGGAGAGCACCCUGGGCAUGGGCGGGCGGGGGCAGAUGAUGGGCGGGCGGCUGGCUACCCGCUCUCACUCCUCGGACUCCGUGUACACCAUUCUGAUCCGCCUGCCGCACGACCCCUCGCAGGACGGCCCGCUGCACCCGCCCUCCAUCGUCAUGAUCGAGGAGGAGGGCGCCGGCGGGCCUGGAGGCGGCGGCGGAGGCGGCAACGGGGCGGGUGCCGGACAGGACGGCGGCGGGGCCAACGCGGGACACAAGCUGCGGUUUGAGCGAGGGACAUCACCGCUGGCUCGGCGCGGGGACUCCGUCUGUUCGGACCCCAGCGGCCAGACGACCCGCGUGGAGUGCUCCCUGCACCCCGGGGGCCCUGAGGGCACCUCCCCUGUGUCCAACCGCCGCUCCUCCUCCCACGUGCCGGACAUCAAGAUUCCCCUCAACGCCAAGAUCAUCCCCAAGCAGCUCGCCAAGACCACGGGCGGCGGCAGUGGCAACUCCGGCGGCAGCGCGGGCGUGGGCGGCCAUAACUCUGGCGCCUCCACCAUGCCGGGGAAGAAGAAGAAGAAGAAAAAGAGUCAGGAGAAGAAGCAGGACCGCAAGGCCGCCAAGACGCUGUCCGCCAUCCUGCUGACCUUCAUCGUGACGUGGACGCCGUACAACGUGCUGGUGCUGCUGAAGACGGUGCUCGCCUGCAAGGCCGACGACUGCAUCCCUCGCCAGCUGUGGGACUUCUCCUACUACCUGUGCUACAUCAACUCCACCAUCAACCCCAUGUGCUACGCCCUCUGCAACGCCGCCUUCAGGAGGACCUACGUCAGGAUCCUCACCUGCAAGUGGCACAGUCGGCGGCGGCAGGGCGUGCAGAGGGGCUACUACAGCUGAGGACGUCUAACCUGCCGUCUAGCAAGAGCCACCUACCAGCUGCUCUUCCUCCUCCAUCUACACUGGCUGGCGAGCAUCUGAAGCCACGCCUCGCUGCCGCCCCCACGCCAUCCCGAACACCAGGCUAACCCGUGAACACACACUCACACACACACACACACACACACACACACACAAAGCCGGAUUACCGCUGGGUUGCUAACUGGACUGUAUAUUAGAGCAUUAGAGUCUCCGGCACCAAAGACCACGGGUGCCUCCUCCCCGCGGCAUGCAUCACAGCGCCGCUCACCCGAAAUAUCAGUUGUUGUUGGUAAGGGAGGCUGUAAUUGUCAAGGAAGGCUUCAGCGUAUCAGCUUAUGUCCCUUGUAAAUGGUUAAUUUGGCCUUGCACACACACACACACACACACACACACACACACACACACACACACACACUGAUAACAGAAGUAAUGCCAACAAUGCGAGAAAGAGUGAGAAUGAUGGCAUCACUGCCUGUCGCUACACACACACACACACACACACACACACACACACACACACACACACACACACACACACACACACUGCUUCAUUCCAGAACGCUCAUGUCAACAUUUAACAAACAUUUUUAGGUACAUCAAGAAUAAUAAUCAUGUGCGUUUUGUCGGUAACGUAGAUGAGUGAAGCGGUGUGUGUGUCUGUGUGUGUGUGUGUGUGUGUGUGUGUACAUGCUCACACACAUGCACAACAUAUACACACGUACACGGGGAAGCCUGGAGGCGUGUCUGCAGUGUUGGUGCACAUGUCAAGAUAACAAAUAAUGACAUCGAAAUGGCAACACACACUGCCGCCCCCCUCCCUCAUCUCUCUCUCUCUCUCUCUCUCUCUCUCUCUCUCUCUCUCUCUCUCUCUUCUGUGCUUCCUACUUUUCCCCGCUAUAAAUAGAAAGGAAGAAAACGAGAAAUCAUAAUUAAAAAGGCGGAAUGUUUGACAGAAAACUAACCAAAUAAGAGAAAACGAUGAAAGGAAAGAAAAGAAGCAACCACAUCCAGCAGAAGACGAAGGGAGAGAAAAUGACUGUUUUAUGAGACGAAGAGGGUGAGGCGGCAGUGAAAAGGGAGAAAAAAUAGAAAAAAAAGAGGGCGGCAGCUUCACCAAAGAGAGAGAGAGCAAGAAAAGAAGUCAAAGAAAACGAGAGGCAGAGUGUGUGUGUGUAAGUGUCUCUGCUGGCCGCGCUGGUACACAAAAUUACCAACAACAAAUAAAUAAAAUAAAAUAAAUAAAUAUACUACACUGUGUUGCCCUUAAAAUGAAGAAAAAAAGGAAAGAAAGAAUAAAGGAUGGAGAAAUUCUUAAAAGCUUACAAAAAAAAAAUAUGGGAAGUUGUUUGUGGUUAGCUAAUGUGUUCAUGUGUAUAUUUGAAUUCCUGGGUCGUUUUAGAAGUGUACCAUUUCUCUCGUGGACUGGAUGGAUGUGUGUUCCCUGCGUUGUGUAUUGUACUAACCUCAGGCAGCGUUUGUUAGUGUUCUCGCCUGGAAGAUCAGAUGAAGAGACAGCGGGAGUUUGUUACCAUUGAGAGGCGGUUUUCUUUUGGUGUAUCUUGUCGUGUGGAGAGCUAAGAAGAGACGUCACUCUGUCGUUUAGGUAUUAAGAAGUGUUUUUUGUCGUUUUUUUUUUUUUUUUUUUUUUUUGUCUCCAGGAGCUGAAGAUGUUUAUAUAAGUGUGCGAGGCGGUUUUUAUUUAUUUAUUUAUUUUUUUAUUUUGCCUAAUGGAAGGAAAGAGAGACGAAAAAUAAGAGGGGAUGGAUUAAUUUCACCGGUUUUUUUUUUUUUUUGUGAACAGAAGAAAAAGAUAAAGGAAAAAAAAAAUUCCACUUUGUACGCGGUGAUAAAGAACUGCACUGCCAGGCGCGCAUCUCGGCCGUCAACUCUUUUUUUAACAUUGAAGUGGAGUUGAAUACUGUAUUUGAGCCUCUUCAAUUCCUUACAACGCCUCCGAUUCUGUUGCUGUAUCACAAGUGUCGAAUAUUUAAGACACAGUUCAGUCAGGGUUCCACGAAGACGCCUCAGGGAAGAAGAAAACGAAGAGGAGAGGGAAUAUGAGGAGUACCGCGUUUAGUAUGGGGGAAAUAACUUCAAUAAAUCCAUAAUGUAGGCUCUGGGGCGUCAGCAGGAGUCGAGGGAAAGUAUUGAUUGACCUCCACGAUAGGACAGAAACACCCAAAAUGUGUCAAGUAUUAUUAUUUUCCUCUGACGCUGUGUAGGGAGAAGGAAGAGGAGGCGGAGGGAAGGAGGGAAGCGGCUACAGGGAAGAUAAAGGUGGAUGAAAGAGAUAGGGAGGAGGAAUAGUGAAAGAACGAGCGAGGGAGAGGGAGCAGUGACAAGACAUCUUAUCUCAUUUUAGCGAACGGUAUUUUUUAUUACUCCGAUAACUAACACAUCCUUCAUUCCUUGUGUAAGUUUAUGUUAGAUUAUGAAAUAGAAAACAAAGUAAUACACAUAUAAUGACGUAUAUAAAAGUUAAAUACAUGAUAUCACCGUUAAAAGAUAAAUAUUCAAAGUACCGUUCGCUAAAUGGAGACAAGCUAUCACUUGUAAACAGAAGAGACGGAAGGGGAGGCUGGCGGCUUGAACAUGUGACAGUGACUUGAGUGCGGCGUGUAGUGGCUUAUUUUACCGGAUUACCAGUUCUUCCUUCGUUGUCUGGGACUGUAUAGGACAUAACCAGAGUCCCAACGAAGUCCUGGAGCCUCCCUGCGUCUGUGGAGUGACUUGGUGAGUGUUAAAAGCAGGAAGGGAGAAAGAGAAGAGAAGAGAAAGAGAGAAGGGGGAGAUGGAAGGACUCAGUAUGUUGACGUUAAUUGUAUUUUACGUAUUUGUAUUUUUAUAGUGAGUCAAGCAGAGGCAGGAGAGAGCGAGAAGAGUGUGGGGCAGGAUAGAGCGAGAAGAGAGGGAGUGAGGCAGGAUAGAGCGAGAAGACAGUGUGUGCA